CUUGUGUGAGCUCGAGUCCUCAGCGCUCAGCCCUGAAUAUUAUAUAUAGGUUUUUAAGGUUUUAGAAGUGCUCAAUUGCUCAGAGUUCAUUUGUGAAAUCUGUUUUUUGUUUUAUUGUUACUGGUAUUUAUAUAUGAAAAUGUUUAGUAACGCUGCGGCAUCAGAACCUGAAAGUAAAUCCAGCCCUAAUGCUAGUACCCCUACACAAGCUGGGCCCAAAAAGGAAGAAGCUUGGGGUUAUGAUUUGUAUCCUGAGAGACGAGGCACCUUCUCCCCUAAAAUAGGAAAUGUACUUAUUGGAAAAGAGGGAAAAGAAAAUGUGGAGAAAUUGAAAUGUGAACAAAAUGUUGUUGAGUGUGUUAAAACCAGUCCUAUCGUGAAGCUUAUGAUGAAAGCGCUAAAAAGCUCUGGAUGCCCCAUAGAUAUUCGGAGACAUCUUUCAUGUGAAGUGUGUGAUUAUUCUGUCAGCGGAGGCUAUGAUCCCGAGCUCAAUCAGAUCGUAGUAUGCCAGAACGUAAGCACACGAAAGGGCAUGGUUCAAGGAGUCCUGGUCCACGAGAUGAUCCACAUGUUUGACUACUGCCGGAACGAGCUUGACUUCAAGAACAUGGAGCAUCUAGCUUGCUCAGAGAUCCGAGCGGCAAACCUGACGCAUUGCUCUUUCACUAGCGCUUGGUCUCAGGGUGAUGCUUCAUGGACAAAGAUAAAGAAGGCCCACCAGGAUUGCGUAAAAACGAAAGCUCUGUACUCAGUGUUGGCAGUGCGUCAAAUCGGCAAAGCUGAGGCUGUGGACAUCAUCGAAAAGGUAUUUCCCAAAUGUUAUGCAGACCUGGAACCCAUAGGCAGACGGAUACGCAGAAACUCUGAUGACAUGAUCAGAGUGCUUAGAGAUGCCUCUUACUAUGGGUAUGAUUGAUAUCUAUGUAGAUUAUAGCUAUAUCUAUUAAAGUGUAUCUUUAUUAAAUAUGUAGUAGUCAUUUUAUUUAGAGUUGUACACACAACUUUUUCCCGGAUGUUUUUAUGUUAUUUCUACUCUGAAUCACAAGCUUAUUCAAUCCUAAUACUUAGGAGAAAAAGUGUCUCAUAAUUUCCAUAAUUUUUUUGUGUCUUCCAUUACAUUAACGUUUACAAAGUCGAUGAAAAAUAGUAAUGAAGUAAAACCUUGGGAUAAUAUUUUUCCUAUUAGGAACGAAACAGCUUGUGAUUCUGAGUAAAAAUAACAUAAAAAUAAAAAAAUAAAAUGGCCCAGUAGGUGAAGAGUAGAAUGUAUUAAGAUUGUUGACAUGUAGGCGGGAAUAAAAUUGGCGUUG